UUUUCGUGUGAUCUGGCAACCCGUGUCAAAAUGAAUCCAGGACACUACCUGUUUAUAUUAGCUUAGCUUAGCUUGUGCGUUUAAAAUAGCCCUAAUCAGCUGAUCUGAACAGUGUUAUUAUAAAGACGAUUUAACUUUAUACAUUUUAACACUCCAUACUGUUAAAGUAAAGGCGAACACAUCGACUCACAGCCUAAUAACAUCCGCAAGUCAAGCUUUAACAGGCACCUGAUGACCUCUGACCCCUGUGUUUACUGGUGUGGGGCCAUGAUCAGUGUUACACUGUGAAGCCAUGAGUCAGAGGAACAUCGCUGCUGACCUGUUGAACAGAAAAAUCCGGGAGAACAGGGCUCUGAGUUUUCAGAGACACUACCAUGUAACUGACCCGUUUAUAAAACGACUUGGCCUGGAAGCAGAGCUACAGGGUCACUCGGGGUGUGUGAACUGUCUGGAAUGGAAUGAGAAAGGAGACAUAUUAGCGUCAGGGUCUGAUGAUCAGCAUGUGAUGGUGUGGGAUCCUCUCAGACACAGGAGGUUGAUGAGCAUGCACACGGGUCAUGCUGCUAACAUCUUCUCUGUCAAGUUCCUGCCACACUCUGGAGAUCGGAUCCUGGUGACCGGAGCUGCAGAUACCAAGGUCCACGUUCAUGAUGUGACGGUAAAGGAGACGAUCCAUAUGUUCUCUGAUCACACUAACAGAGUGAAGCGCAUCGCCACCGCCCCCAUGUGGCCAAACAUGUUCUGGAGCGCGGCCGAGGACGGUAUCAUCAGGCAGUAUGAUCUGAGAGAGAGCAGUAAACGCUCAGACGUCUUAAUCGAUCUGACGGAAUACUGUGGUCAGCUGGUGGAGGCCAAAUGUCUCGCUGUGAACCCGCGGGAUAAUAACUACCUCGCUGUGGGAGCUAAUGGCCCAUUUGUACGCCUGUAUGACAUCCGCAUGAUCCACAACCACAGGAAGUCUCUUAGUCAGAGUGCAGAAGUUCACACCUUCUGUGAUAAAAAGAAGCCCAUCCCUGAUGGAGCAGGACAGUACUACGUUGCAGGUCACCUCCCAGUGAAACUGCCAGAUUAUAACAACAGGCUGCGUGUGUUGGUGGCCACGUAUGUGACGUUCAGUCCUGAUGGGACGGAGCUGCUGGUGAAUAUGGGUGGAGAACAGGUGUAUCUGUUUGAUCUGACAUUUACACAGAGACCGUACACCUUCCUGCUGCCGAAGAAGUGCCAUUCCUCAACAGAGGUGCAAAAUGGGAAAACCACAAACGGAGUUUCUAAUGGAAUUCAUCUUCCUGUCAACUGCCUGAAACUUGCUAAUAACAAACCCUGCAGUGAGCUGCCUCCCCACCUUGAGCGCAUUAAACAGCAGGCUAAUGAUGCAUUUGCGCGUCAGCAGUGGACUCAGGCCAUCCAGCUGUACAGUCUGGGGAUCCACACAGCAGGACAGAGCAACGCCAUGCUGUACGGGAACCGCGCCGCUGCCUACAUGAAGCGCAAAUGGGACGGGGAUCAUUACGAUGCUCUGCGUGACUGUCUGAAAGCUCUGACUCUGAACCCGGCUCAUCUGAAGGCUCACUUCCGGCUGGCUCGCUGUCUGUUUGAGCUGAAGUACGUGGCCGAGGCUCUCGAGUGUCUGGAUGACUUUAAAGGGAAAUUUCCAGAACAGGCUCACAGCAGUGCCUGCAGCGCCCUCGACAAGGACAUCAAAGCUGCUCUGUUCUCUAAAAAUGACUCCGUAGAUGAGAAGAAAGGGAACAGCUCGAUUCGCUUCCACAGCUUCAGCCGUAAAGAGUCGAUCCCUGAGGAUGAGAUCGUCCUGAGAGAGCGCAGCUUCGACUACAAGCACAGAUACUGCGGCCACUGCAACACCACCACCGACAUCAAAGAGGCUAACUUCUUUGGCAGUAAAGGGCAGUACAUUGUGAGUGGAUCAGACGACGGCUCCUUCUUUAUCUGGGAGAAGGAGACCACGAACCUGGUGCGAGUGCUACAGGGGGAUGAGUCCAUAGUGAACUGCCUCCAGCCGCAUCCCAGCUACUGUUACCUAGCAACCAGCGGCAUCGACCCUGUAGUGCGGCUCUGGAGCCCACAACCCGAGACGGACAGUGAGAAUGGUCGUGUGGUGGAGGAUAUGGAGGGAGCAUCUCAGGCUAAUCAGAGGAGGAUGAAUGCUGAUCCUCUGGAAGUGAUGCUGCUCAACAUGGGCUAUCGCAUCACAGGGCUGAGCAGCGGCCAUGACGCCUCGGACGAGGACGAGGAUAACACAGAGGGUCAGGUGCAGUGCCGCACCAGCUAGAGAGAGUGUGUGUGAGUGAGUGUGUGUGUGUGAGUGAGUGUGUGUGUGUGUGUGAGUGUGUGUGUGAGUGAGUGUGUAUGUGAGUGAGUGUGCAUGUGAGAGAAAGUGUGUGUGAGAGAGUGUGUCUGUGUGAGAGAGAGAUAGAGAGUGUGUGUGUGUGUCUGUGUGUGAGAGAGAGAGUGUGUGUGUGGUGUGUGUGUGUGUGUGUGUGUGUGAGUGUGAGUGAGAGUGUGUACGUUUCCUCUACCUGUGGCCCUACAAUGCACACUCCCUCUUGGAGAGGAAGGGAACAAAUAACAAGGCCCUUGCUCCCACAGUAGAUGGAGUGUCAGACUGGCCUGUUCCCACUGGAGGAUGAUGAUGAUGAUGAUAAACUGGUUUCCUCGGUGGUUCUGGAACUGCUGUGUGUAGUUUUGUUCUAUCUGGCCUGCUCUGAUGUCACUUCCUGUUCCUGCAGCUGAGACUCCGCCCAUUGCACGGCCGUGUACGUCUGUUAGACUCGAGCACUUUGUUUAAAUGGAGGACUUUUUCCAGAAUUAUAAAUGUUUUAUUUUUCUCUUUUGAUCUUCUGGUGUUUCAUGUCACUUGGUUGUGUUUCAAGAUUAAAGGAGCAGUUCACAACGUUCA